UUCGAUAUUCCGAUUCAAAACGUCUGAAUUUCCCGGAAAAUCAGAGAAAAUGCACGAUUUCUGCUUCACGAUUCCGUAUGGGUUGCUGUUAAUAGGUGGAGGACUCUUCGGCUACAUCAAGAAAGGGAGCAUAGCUUCUCUGGCCGGAGGCGCUGGCUCUGGUUUGAUUCUCAUCGUUGCUGGUUAUCUCAGUCUCAAUGCCUUUGGCAAGCAAAAAAACUCUUACCUUGCUUUGAUUCUCGAGACCGUCUGUGCAGUCAUACUAACUUGGACCAUGGGACAACGUUACAUGGAAACUUCCAAGGUUAUGCCUGCUGGUCUUAUUGCUGGAAUCAGUGCUCUCAUGACUGCGUUUUAUCUCUACAAACUAGCAACUGGUGGCAACCAUCUCCCUACCAAGGCUGAGUGAUGAUAAAAUGAUACGCAAAUGUCUUCAGUUUUCUUACUAUAACACAUAUAUGUAAGUUGACCUGCAUACUUUGGAUGGUUGAGAUAUGCAUUGUUCUUUUAUACUUAGUCAGUUUAGAGUACGAAACAAAAGAUUGUUGUUGUUGUCAUCGUCUUUAUACAUGUAGGAGUAUUCCGCCAGUCCUCCAUCACUCUCUAAGCAGCUUCUUUUCUUCCUUGUUUCCUUUUUCUCUUAGCACACCUUACCAUUAGGGUUGCCCUAAAUGCAAACCUCGCGCUUCUUUGUUGCAUGCUUGACAAACUCGAUUGAAAUUCCAAUUGAAAUGUGUUAAGACUUUUCUAGUUGACUGAUCUGCAAAUUUUCAUUUUCUUGGUAUUAUUCUGCCGGAAAUCUGAAAUGAAUUACACGGUCAACAUUUUGAUUAG